CAUAUCCUAAUAUCAGUGAACAUUUCAAGUCAGUUCUGGUUUUUUACAAGCUGUCUACGCUGGACAACGAAUAUGAUAACAAGCUCAAUAACGCGUAACACGAGAAUAAUCACUUUGUACACAGUUUGAGUAUUGAGUAAUUAAAGCUAAGCCAAAUAAAGAUAAAACCACAAGUUGUAUUUCAAUUUUCACGUUCAGUGUUGUAUACAAAGAAUGCUUUAACCAGCUAACUGACUUUACCAAACCCACUCGUGGUCAAAGGGAAACAUAACCUUCUUUUUUGGCAUUGGUAAAGGUUUCUGUCUCUUUUGCUUCGUAGAUGAAUAACUACCAAAUAAAACAUUGGCGAGAAAAGACAAAACAGUACCUUUUGAAGAGAAAGUAUGAAGACGCCCUUGCUUAUAUAACAUCAUGCAUUGAACAAGAACCAAAGCCCGUUAUAGAUCUUUUUGAAAUUAGGGCCAUUGUACUGAAAGAGAUGGGUUUAUAUGAAAAAGCCCAAGCUGAUGCUCAAAGAAUGAUUAACUUAAACUCAAGGAAUGCGAGAGGAUAUUUACGCUUGGCUCAGCUACUUCAAUAUGAUGGUCUUGAUUCAAAAGCUGAUCAUGUUUACAUGCAGGGUUUAAAAUAUGUUCACAAACUGGACCCAUUUCGGCAGAAGUUAAAAGAGGCUAGCUUGCAAUUGUUAAAACGAAUGCAAAAGUCUAAGCCAGUCCAAGACAUUUUCACUCUUUUACCGCGGGAGAUUCUUUUACAUAUUUUUCAGUAUGUGGAAUUUCGAACGAUAGUCCGUUGCAUGCAAGUUUCAAAGAAUUGGAAGAACUCAAUCAAAAGAGAAUCUUCUUUAUUUCACAGCUUGGAUUUUUCUGAAGCUUCUUCACGAAGCAGCAAAUUCAGAGAUCGAAAUGUCAUGACUUUGGCUCGUUAUUCUACAUAUGCAAAAAGCAAUAUACAAGAAGUAAUCGGUUUGGAAAAGUUAGGGAUUUUAACGCCUACUAAGGGUCUGCUUCGAUGCGUAGGCUCUAUUCACACCUACAAAACUAUUUCACCUUUAAGCCCUCCACAUUUAAUGCCCAAAAUGUACCUUAUAUGGUCACCAUUCACCGAAUUAAAAUAUUUUUCUUGUGCUACAUCUAUUACAUUUUCUACCGUAUCUAAAGUUCUAUCAGCUUGCAAGAAGUUGGAGCGGUUGGAAUUGGCCGAUGUUGUUCCUGAUUUGCUUUUCGAUACGAUGGACUGGGACAAGCAAUUUGAUAAUAAGCAUAGUGUUCUAAAUUUAAGAAACUUGCAAUUUAUAAGAAACCAGGUGCAUCCGCUCCAUGAAAAGGAGCAGGAGUUUCUUGCCAGUCUGAUUUCAUGUAGCCCUAAAUUGCAACAGCUCGUGGUUACUUAUCAAUCAAAUCUUAUGGUUACUUUGAAAGAUUCUAAGCCGAAUCUUAAAUCCUUACAGAUUAUUGACGAUACAAAGCAAAAAACUGUGAAAGAUAUAAUAUAUUUACCCUCUUCUUUGGAAAAUUUAUCUAUCCUUCCUUCUAGUCCUUCUAUGACAAUUGCUUCAGCAUACUUAUUUCCUGUGCCCCAUCGACCUACUUCGCUCAAGAGUAUAGAGCUAACCCUGUUUAUCCGAUUAACAUUGCAAGAGGUUGAAAAUACCACGAAUUUCCUGGUAUCAAGCCAUGACUUAAAGUCAUUGAUCUUACGCGAUUCAUUGCCAAUCUCAUCGAGAUUCAUGGAGCUAUUUACCUCCUUUCCUCAUUUAGAAAUUUUGGACCUGUCUGAUAAUGCUGAACUAAACAAUAAUCAUCUUUCCCAUAUUGUCGCUUGCUGCCCGAAGUUAAGAGUUGUCAACUUUUCUAAUUGCAUUUCGAUAACUGGUUCGGGCUUCAUAAGCCUUUUGAGAGGUCUGACUUCAUUAGAGAGAAUUGAAAUUAUAAAUUGUGAUUCUGUAUCUAAAGAUGCAAUUGAUGCAGCGCGAUCUAAAGGUAUUGAGGUUGUUGUUUCAAAUCAGCAAAACGGGUUUUUAAGCGGUACAAAACGGAUUCGGCUCAUUUAACUUUCCCUUUCUCCUAUGGUUAUUCGGAUUAUUAGAAGAUUCAAUGAAACACAUAACAAUUUGAUAAAUUAUUAGUGGUAUAGCUAUUUCUUCAAACUUACAUUUAAUGGGUGAAACAAAAGGAGUAUUGAAAUGAAAACGUACUACAAUUUGAAUUUAGAAAAUAAGCUCGCAUGUAUAUUUCUUCAUAGCAGGAUCAUCCUUUCUGAAGCCAAACUAGAAAUAUUUUCG